AUGGUAUCGACGAAAUCAAUGAAAGCUGCAGAGAAGGCGGCUCAGACAGCCGAGAAAGGCACCGAUGCGGGCGACGUAGGGCCCGACAGGGAGGUGGAGGAUCUUACGGAGAUCGAGGAGCUGAGGAAGGUCGUGGAGACACAAACAGAGAGGCAAGCGCAGGUGGAGGAGGAGCUGAAUGGGCUGCAGGUGAAGGCCAGAGAUCACAGCCGCACCCUUGACGCGCUGUUGGCGGCAGUGGAGGCGUUGCAGGGGCAGGUGAGCAGCCUAACGGAGGCGUGGAAGAAGGGUGAGGCCGGAGCUGGUGGCGGUGGGCAGCCGCAGGUGGAAGGAGGAGCGCCGGGGGAGGGCUCCGCCUCGGUAGCGGCGCUCGGCGGCCAAGACGCCGUGCGGGUCUCGGCGGACAGGGAAGCGGACGGGCCGGGCGAGAAAGGGGGAUCGGUGGCGGCCAACCCUAGCCGGCCGCCCGUCUCGCGUACGAGCCACGUCUCUUUCGGCCCAACAACCAGGAGAUGGUCCACGCGCGUGGCAAGGCCAAAAUGGCCGAGUACGUGGACCGGGACCUGCAAGCGGGCUUGGACGGGGAAAAGUUGGUGGACCUGGAGCAGGAGUUUGAACAUGGGCAUUGGGCCAACGAGCUGUAUGGGUCAGGGGCGGAUUACCGAGGGGAUGAAGGCAACCAGGUGGGCCGAUCCGGGAUGGAAGGUGGGUCGGGCGGAGGUCGGAGGGAGGCGGGCCGCGGCUGGGAGAUGGGGCGGCCGGGAGCUGUGGGCCAAAGCCCCUCGGGCCGGGGCGACAUGGGCCGAGCAGUGGUCGGGUCGGGCCCCCAGUGGUCGGGUCGAACCUGGUCGGACCGAACCCGGUCGAACCCUGGUCGAACCGGAUGAGUCGGCGGGGCACGCAGCCCAGGCGGCCAGCAGGGCUUACCCAGCUCCUCAAGGGCAGUUCGACGAGUACGGCGGAUCUCAUCCUCCUUUUGCGAAUCAACGGGGCACCGGAAAGGAACCUAUGAGGUCAGGAAUGGGCGAUCGAAGGUAG